AGUAUAUCUGGCCUGGGAGGGAUUACUACUAGCCUCUCCAAAUUUAUGAACCUGCGCAGACCCGAUGUCAUCUCAGAUACUUGAGAAUUGCAAAAUCUCUCUCCCGUGUGUGUCCAUUUCCACAGCAAGGAUGACGAAAGAAACACUACAGCACUCCAUGGCUAGAAAUCAUCCUCUGCUUCCUGGCCCUGUGUUGCAAUACCCAGGACAAGACUGUCUCUUGCUUGUUGCUUGCCCCUCAUUCCACACACUCUUCUUCUGGACAGCUAGACACAGCAAAGCUUUCCUGUCUAAGAAGCUGCGUAUCUAAGAGUCUCCUAAAGAGGGACCCAGAGCCUGGCCUGCAUUGCAGAGGCAACACAUACACCCAGACCACAGGAGGGUGCUAAAGGCAGAUGGAAGGCAGAAGGUGAGCAAACGGUUAGGAGAACAGAGAAAGAGAGUGAGAGAGAAAGCAGGACAUCUAGCAGCUGGGAAGCUAACCGGGGCAGCCACAAAGGAGGAACGCCAAGAACUGAGCAGAGGUUGCAGAACUGAGAAGACAAAGGAAGAAGAAAGCAGACGGGCACCACCAUGAGCAACCCAAACUACGAACAGCUGGGUGAGAAGGCACUUGCCGCUCAGAACCCCCCUGCCUACUCUGAAAAAGAGGCCUAUACAGAGCCUGACCCACUGAAACAGCCUGCUGGGCAAGCACCCCAAGCAGGCUAUGGGGCAAUGCCUUACUAUGGCACACCUGGUGUGGGAUCUAACCUAGGUCCAGUCCUUCAACCUCCACAGGCUGUCUUCGUGACACCUGUACAGCCCACCAAUGAACCUGAUUACCUGGUCUACUCCAUCUUCACCAUGCUCUGCUGCUGCCUACCCCUUGGUAUUGCCGCCUUGGUUUACUCUAUACAGACAAGAGAAGCCAACUUCGCUGGAAAUGCUGUGUCUGCCAAGAGAAACUCCCGCAUGGCACGCCUCUUUGGUCACAUUGCUCUGGGGAUUGGGCUGGGGUGCCUUAUUAUAUAUAUCAUCGUUGUAGUGCUUGUUUCUACCACAGCAGCCUACAUUCCACCGCACAAGCCUUGAUGAUGCCCUCUGCAGCCUUCAGAUUCCAAAAGACCUUCCCCACCCCACCCCAUCAGACAGGCAAGAGAAGUCCCACUUUGACAAUCAUCUUCCCUAACAGGAUACGCCACGGGCUAGAUGGCAUGUGUGUGUGCCCUCGCAUCACCUGAUUCCCACAAAGUCAACUCCGUCGCCAUCAAUGGGGCACCCAGCUGCAGAGCACUGCAUCUGAGCCAGCACCAGCUGACCUGAAAGUUCCAGCUAGCAAGAGCUUUGCCGCAGCCCAAACACACUAAACAAAAAGCAUUGUCUGUGCUCCAGUUCUACAACACACAAGCACCCCAAACAGAAACAACAGAAGAGGGACAGCCAAAUGGAUUUGGGCGCUGAGGAUCUGAAACAGUGUCCAACCUGAUGGCUUGGGAAAUGCCUGCGUAAAUUGCCUUGCUCUUGCCAGCGUUAAAGUAGAAUUAUCUGUUUAGACCAUAUCCCUUCCAGAGCCCAGAUGUACCUCUCCUCCAUCUGACACCUCUGGUCCAGGUGUCUUCCCUGGUGACAUUUGAAACACCCACCUGCCUUUAUAUAUCUGCCUUUUAAAAGUCUUUGUUAGCUUUCCAGUGCACUGUUGAAUACCUUUCUUUUAUCCCUGCCUGUGUUUGUAUUCAGUUCCAAAUUGUCUUUUAUGAAUGAACAAGCUAAUAAUCUAUGUUUACUUGUGGGGUUGCUUUACCCCAUAUAUGCCAGCUCAACCACUUUGAUCUGUGGAACUGGCACUGUUACAAAUGCUACAUAAUGCUCCCUCUACAUCUGUAAGGAAUCAAUAUUUUAGCAAGGCAACGCUCACACUUUGGAACUCCCUGCCUAUUGACACCAGGCAGGUGCCUUCCCUGUAUUCUUUUUUGGUGCCCACUAAAAACAUUUUUAUUUAGGCAAGCUUAUAUAGACAUGUAGAAGGUCGGGUUGUGUUUUAAUCUGCUUUCAGCUUAUCAAUUAUUUUUUAAUGUUUUAAAUAGUUGUUAACAGGGGGCUCAUUUCUUAUUCUUUUCUCUUUUUUUACACCACUUUGAGGGUUGUCUGUUUGCUAUGUGCUCAGGCAGGAUAUAAAUUUUGUGAAACAAAAAUAAAUAAGGAAUAAUCAGUUGACACAAACUGCUCUUUAAACCAUGGCAUAAGGUGGUCCCCAGUAGCCCCAGACCACAUUUUGUGCAGUUAACUAAUUGUGUAUAUUAUAUAAUAUUGCUUAAUCCAGGAAAGAAGAUGAUUUUCAGUGUUAGUGAAGAGAAGCUGUCAGUUUCAUUAAAAAAAUAUUUGAAAUAC